GAAGUGGAUGAUCAUUUCAAUGCUUAAUUUGUAACAAUCUGAACAAUACUCAAACCCUAGUUAAAUCAAAUACUUAACCAUAAACUAAUGCGUGUUUCCUAUCGCAUUCCCGCUUUUAUUUCGUCUGCGUUUCAGAGCUUCGCUUUCUUCUGAACUAAUCUGGGUUAAGGUUUUAAAGUCAUGGCUGGAACAUCGGCUUGCUCAGACAAAUCAGGUAAGAACAGCAAAGGCGUGCCUUUGGCUACUGUGAAGGAUGAAUUCACUUCUUCCUCCAGGGGAAACAGUUGUACGAAGAUAGAGUACGAAUUCCUCAAGGAGAAUCACGAGACUCUGAAGGUAGAUUACGAGAGUCUUCAGAAAAGGGUUAAGCUUGCAGAGGAGACAUAUGAGGUCAUGAAGAAGCUGCUUCAGAGCAAAGCUGAGGGACUGGAGGUGACCAAUGCCCGCUUGGUGGAGGAUUGUGCGAGGGAGAGAAGCGAGAAGGAUAAGUAUAGGAAAAUGGAGAGUGAGAGAAAGGCCAAGAUGGAUGAGCUGAGGAAGAGAGAAGAGGAGCUUUUGAUGGCGACUAGGAAAGGGAAAGAAGAUUCGGCGGAACUGGAGAGCAAGUUUGUUGCAUUAGCUGAGAGAUUUUGCGUGGUUGAAGCAGAUUGCUCAUACUUGAAGUCGCUCUAUGAUGCUUCAGGGAACAAUAAUGCGAACAACGAUGCUACAGGUAUAUUGAUAAGUGAACACAAUGAUCAAUGCAAGAAGCAAGAAAUCUUCACUCCGAGAGCUGUCACUAAUCAUCAUUCACCGCCUUCCUCUGCUUCACCAUCAUCGUCAACUUCAUCUUCAUCUUCAGAUGGCUAUGACGUUGUGUUUAAGCUUCCAGCUAAUUGGCCCGAGUGGGCAACCCCAAAAGGUCCCGGUGAUGAUUCCAGCAAGUCUUAGAAGAAUGCAGAGAACGCAGAUAGAAGUUGCAGACUCUUUAAAGCUAGCUAAGGGAAACUUCUUAUUGCAUAAUUACAAUCUCUCUUUUGAGGAACUAUUGUUAAAUCAGUUUAUAUUCGUAAGGGACUACAGGUGUUGACGCGUUUUGAAACUAAUCAAGAGAAGGCAAAAACGUUUUGGUGUCUAAUAGCCAACACUA